UUCCCCUCUCUCAUUUGGCGGAGACUCGGGGAAAGGGAAGGGAAGGGAGGGGAGCAGAAGUGGGUGGUUACGGUCCGAGCGAGCGAGAGAGAAAGAAACGGCGGCAAGGUGUACUGUGUCGGCGCGUUCCUUGAUCAGACAAUAUUAAUUGGAUGCUCGUUUACCAGGUGGUUUUCAUCCUUUCACCUGUGUGGAUUAUCAUGGCACAGAACCAACCAGAUGGACCAGAAGAAAAGGACAGAACUUCUACUGCAUUAAAAGAUUUACUAUCUAGAAUUGACCUGGAAGAACUAAUGAAGAAGGAUGAACCACCUCUUAAAUUUCCCAAAACACUUGAGGAGUUUGAAUAUUAUUUUAAUGAAAAGGGACAGUUAAGACAUACGAAAACUGGGGAACCUUAUGUAUUUAAUUUCCAUGAAGAUAUGCAGAGAUGGAAUCAGAAACGUUAUGAGGCCCUUGGAGAAAUUAUCACUCACUAUGUUUAUGAUCUUUUAGAAAAAGAAUGCCAUCUAACGAAGGUUUAUCUCCCAGUGGAUGCUGCAGAAGAUGAACCAAAAAGCUUCAUCUUUAUGAGUGAAGAUGCCAUGUCAAAUCCUGACAAGUUGAUGGUUCUGAUACACGGCAAUGGUGUUGUUCGGGUUGGCCAGUGGGCCAGAAGACUUAUUAUCAAUGAAGACCUUGACAGUGGGACUCAAAUACCUUUCAUUAAAAGGGCUAUGGACGAAGGAUAUGGAGUAAUAGUUCUAAAUACCAAUGAAAACUACAUAGAAGUGGAGGAGCCUCACAAACCUGAGCAGUCCUCUGCGAAUGACAUAGAUGAGCCAGUGGAAAAGAAAGAGAAGAAAGAUGACAGUCAGAAGGAGACAAAGAAGCAGCGAAAUAUUUAUGAGAAGUAUCGGAAUCCUCAAAAGGAAAAAGAAACAAAGCACAUCCCUAUCAGGGAUAACAGUACACCAGAGGAGCAUGCACUCCACGUCUGGGAUCACUUCAUUUCUCGAUCUUCUGCCAAGAAUGUGGUAUUUGUGGCCCACAGUUACGGUGGCCUGGUGUUUUUGGAAUUAAUGAUUCAGCGAGAAGCAGAAGUGAAGAGCAGAGUGAUUUCGGUGGCAUUGACAGAUUCUGUCCACAACGUAUGGCACCAAGAAGCCGGGAAGUCUGUUCUGGAUUGGAUGCAGGAGCAUUGCCGUAACUGGGUAUCGAGCUCUGAACCAUUGGACACACCAGUGGAGUUUAUGCUUCCAGACUGCCCGCGAGUCUCUGCAGGUACAGAACGGCAUGAACUAACCUCCUGGAAGAGUUUUAGUUCUAUUUUCAAGUACUUUUCUCAAGCUUUAGAGGCACAGAACACUGAAACAAAACCUAAGCCAACAGUGAUAACAAGGAGCUACAACCGAAAGAAAAGUGAAGAAUUAUGAAGCAAAGUACUAUUUCCUGCAUUUAUUUUUGCUCUAGCAGCCCCUCAAUCUCUCAUUAGAUUGUUUUCUUUUUGGAGCAAUGGGUCAUGGUGUAUACAUCUAAAUAGCAUUUUGCAUUAUUUCUAGAUGAGUGCAACUGUCAAAGCAAUAUGGGUCUGCCGGUCGUGUUUCCUGUGGUCCCCAUCUCAGAUUUGGUGCCACCGAUCGGUGCACAGAUUAAGAGUGACAGCAGUUGUGCUCGGCACAGCACAGAGCAGCUCUAAUUGCCCUGACACAGGCCUGCACUGAGCUAAUGCCAUGGGGCUAUUGGCUUCCCCCACGUCCUAAUGCCUGCCAACUAUUCUUCAUUAAGGAGACAGCUUCUCUUUUGUCGGCCUGUGUACAGCAGCCUUUAAAAUAGCCAGAAAUCACAGCUCCUCAACAUUUUCCUUUCACGUACUCAAGCCUUGUCAUAAUUUUCAAGGGAUUUCAAAUGCAUUUAAGUUGCUAAAGAUGACAGUUGUUUUUGGUGAUGCCAGCUGUCACUUCCUGUGUCCGCUUAAAAGUAACUUGAUAUUACUGAAGCUGCAUGUUUGCUUUCCAAAAUAAAUCCAAUGUGCUUCUUAAAGUGCAAGGAUGUUUAAGGAUAUGUUGGGUAAAGUGAAAUCACUGUGAAUUUUUGUCGCUUGGCCAACAGAAGCCAAAGCUAUUUUUCUCAUGCGAAACACAGUAAUUAGAUCAAAUCUAAAUCCAGAGGUCUGUACCCACCGUGUGAUCUGAUUAAUAUCUACUUAUACAUUAUGUUACACCUUUUAAGUGACUAGUUGAAUUUUUAAAGCUACAUUGAAGACUGGACAGUAGAAACAAAGCAGCGAUAAUAGCCCAUUUUCUCAAAGCAUACAAAAAAUGAUGAUUGAAAGAUGAAAUGAUAUA